CUAAUUUGGGAGAAAGUUCUUUUCGUAAUACUCCCAUGAUUUGUAAGGGACAAGUGAAAGGAUGGACUGCUGAUAUUAUUCUUGACAGUGGAUCCUCCACCAGUAUUAUCUCCCGAAAAUUCUUAGAGCACUUAGGAUUACAAGUUACCCAAAAAUCUGAACGAAUGAUAACUGGUAUUCAUGGUAACAAGAAAUCCAGUAUGGGAAUUAUAGAGGAUGUGCCAGUUCACCUGGGAGAUGUAGUUAUCUCUACCAGUAUGGAA